CGGCUCGCUCAACCUUCGGGGAAUUGCGGACCUACUGGCACCACUUUCGCACGCGUUACGCGUCUGCUCAUUGGUCAGAGCCGGCCUCGGCGGUUCCUGUCCCGCCCAUAGCUGGGGACGCUUCCCUCCGGGGGAGUGGGGGGAAGGGUUCGGUUGCUAGGGGUGACGGCACGCUUGCUGGGCUGCGGUGAUGGGCCAAGGAUGCUUUCUGAAUUCUUGCGUGGGCACUUGGGUUGCUGGACUCCUGCUCCGAUUUAAAAUUAAAAAAAAUCUGCAAGGGAAAAAAAGUAAUUCCAGUCGGGAUCUUACUUUUCAUUAUACGUUUUAACAGAACAAUUCACCGAUAUCUUGAGUCAGAAAAUUCCGUUGAGGUUUUUUUUGGUGGGGGGGCUGAAAUUUUAUCUGCGAUAAUAAUUUGACAAAUGACUGACUUGUGACAUCACUCCCAUAGUUGUCUGCUCACGGAUCUCUUCAUCCCGAAUAUCUUCCAGACCUCCAUAUUAGAUAGGGCCCUCUGCACUUCACUCCUCUGGGUGACUACUAAAAUUGCAUCUCCAGCUGCAUGUCUGCUAAACUCUAGAAUUGUAUAUCCAACUGCCUGCUGUAUAUCUUUGCUUAAUGGUGUCUUACUAGACACUUCAUUACUAAGUAUGUCUAGAACCAACCUUCAGAUUCCACCACCUUCCCCAUCUAAGUACAUGGCAAAGCCAUCCUUCUACUUGCUUGAAGACUUGGAGCCAUUUUUACAUAUCCUACCUCAUUCUUCAGUAAAUCCUGUAGGCUCUGUUUUGACUAGGUGUCCAGAACCUGAGCGUUGCUCACUGCCUCAACCACCACAACCCUAAUCCAAGCCACCAUCAUGUCUCCCUAGCUCAUUGCAACAUCUGUCUGGUCUCCCCACUUUCAUCCUCGUUCCCCUACACUCUUCUCCACAGCAGCAAGGUAUGAAACAUCAAAAACUAUGAAUAGUCGUUUCCUUGGGAGAGGGACUUAGCAGGUAGUAGAAGAGGCAGAGAUAAUAUCUCCAUUUUUCACCUUUUUCUAUCAUUUGUAUCUUCUAACCAUGUACUAUUUUUGUUUGUUUAAUGUUAAUGGGUUACUUAGGCUGUGGGAUAAUUAUUCUGUAUUUUCUCUUCUUUACAUUUUUCUGCUUUUCGUUUUAAAUUAAUGAACUUUAAUUUUUAGUUAAGAAAAGAAAUCUAACCAUCCACAUUAGUAAACUGUCUUUUCCAUUCACUCUGGGUUUCCCACCUAACCAGUUACAUCCCCUCUCCAGCUGUAUUAUUGAUACAGCUUUUUGACUACAUAAUUAGUUUACUUCAGUGAAAUUGCUUAUUGUGGUAGCUCAAGAUGCCAGAUCAACUGUGUUGAUACAAAGGAAUUUGGUGCCUCAUUAUUGCUAGAGUGUUAUGACUAUCCCUGGAUUUUCCCAUAUUUUGGUCCUUGGCAUAUUACAUCCAAAAGUAGAAUAAUGGAGAAUCUAAUUAAAUUUCACAUUUUAUGAAGAAAUCGAAUACAUUUUCAGUAAGUACUCAUAUUGCUCGAUUGAGUUCCCCCAAGAGUGUAUAUGUAAAUCGUCUCUUAUUCUUACCUCCUUAGAAACUUACAGGUAUCGGGAAAUGACUGAGCUUGAGCAGGCUGAGGCCCAGCUCUCUGAGUUAGAACUGCUGGCCAGUAUGUUCCCCAGUCAGAAGGAGUUCAUAGUGAAUGACCAACUGGCUUUAGCCGAACUGAAAGAUUGUAUUGAAAAGAAGACCAUGGAGGGGCGAUCUUCAAAAAUUUACUUUACUGUAAAUAUCAACCUAGAGGUGUCUGAGAAAGAAAUGGUGAUGUUUUCACUGGCCUGUAUUCUUCCUUUCAAAUACCCUGCAGUGCUGCCUGAAAUCACCGUCAGAUCAGUAUUAUUAAGUAGAUCCCAGCAGACUCAGCUGAACACAGAGCUGCAUGCAUACCUGCAAAAGAACUGUUGUGGAGAUGUCUGUAUAUUGAAUGCCACCGAGUGGGUUAGAGAACAUGCCUCUGACUACAUCAGCACAGACUCCACAUCUUCCGCCACCACAGGAAGUACAGCCCAGUCACUCGAUCUCAUUCUCACGCGCCUCUGGAUCUAUAGCCAUCACAUCUACAACAAAUCCAAAAGGAAGAAUAUUCUAGAAUGGGCGAAGGAGCUUUCCCUGUCUGGGUUUAGCCUGCCAGGAAAGCCUGGUGUUGUGUGUGUAGAAGGGCCACAAAGUGCCUGCGAAGAAUUCUGGUCAAGACUCAGAAAAUUAAACUGGAAGAGAAUUUUGAUUCGCCAUCGAGAAGACAUUCCUUUUGAUGGCACAAGCGAUGAGCUGGAAAGACAAAGAAAGUUUUCCGGUUUUGAAGAGAAAGCGUUCAGUGCUGACGGAGCCAGAGGGAACCACAUGGACUUCGGUCAGCUGUAUCAGUUUUUAAAUGCCAGAGGAUGUGGGGGUGUUUUCCAGAUGCUCUUUGGUGUGGAGGGACAAUGACUGAGCAGAGGAGUGGUUGCAGCUGCUGUUCCAGAUGGCUUAGCUGCAAGGUGAUAUUGCCUUCAUCAGUCUACGUCUUUGAAAAUGUGGAGCAAAGACCCAUGUCAAUCCAUGCUGGGCAUUUAGCCUGAGUGAGAAGUAAACUUUCGAUGUGGUAUACCAGGGGUCAGCAAACUACAGCCUCCCUCCCAUCCAUCCCACCCGUCUGUUUACUGAUCGUAUAUGGCUGCUUUCACACUACAGCUACAGAGCUGAGAAGUCUCCCCAGAGACCACAGAGCCUGCAAAGCUGAAAAUCAUUACGUCUGUCCCUUCAUAGAAAAGGUUUUCAGACCCUGUUAGACAAUUACACAUACUCCUGUGGUCUCACUUGAGCCCCUGGGUGGUGCAAACAGUUAACACACUUGGCUGCUAAAUAAGAGGUUGGAGGUUCGAGUCCACACAGAGCUACCACAUAAGAAAGGCCUGGCAAUCUGCUUCUGAAAAAUCACCUGUUGAAAACUUUGUGGAGCACAGUUGUACUCUGACACACAUGGGGUCAUCAUGAGUUGGAGUCAACUCAAUGGCAACUGAGGGAAAAAGUGGUCUCAAUUGCUACCUACACAUUAAUGACUCCUAGAUUAUUUAUCUCUAGAGUGAUACCUGAGUUCCAGACCCACAUAAAUAGCCACCUGCCUUUUUAAGAGUAAGAGUAGACAUCUCCACCUUAAGACCAAGAUGCGGGGUGGAGGGAGUCACAUUUUUGUAAAUUUUUCAGAAGUGAUAUAGCUGUCUCUUUUCCCUCCAACACAGUUCUUGAAUUGGGUGAUUCUGGAGGGGCACAGACAGUUUUGAUACCCAUUUUUGCUGCAAAUUGGAAAGAUACUUCGGAGCAGUUCAAUAAAAAAAGUAACAGAAUCCUGAUUCAGAUGUAAAUGAAUCAUUUUCAGUUUGACUUAUUAAAGAGCUGAGAGGAAAUUCAUAUAAAUGUAUUGAAAAUGAUUUUUUUUAAAACUGGAAAAAAUGAGCUGAAAUCUGUAGAAAUUAUUGGGAAGCAAAUUCUAAUGCAAAGUAGUUAUUCAUGAUGAACAGAGUAAAUCUCGAAUAGAAAUAAUAGAUUCUUGAAUUGUUUGGAAUUGGAUUAUUUGGAAUCCAGUUAAUGAGAAGUGCAUGUCAUAAGAACACAUUAGAAAAAGACUUAAAUCUUACAUGAAUAAUGACAUCAACAUUGUAAAAGUUAGAGAACGCUUGCUGCAAUGAGGCUGUUGAUGGCAAUGUGGUCAGUGAGUAUUAGCCACUGCAUAGGAACACUUGAAAUGACCUGAAACACUUCAGCCUGUAUGUGAAGGAAACUUGAGAGAAAUUUUUCCCAAGUUUGACAAUGAGCCAAAAUUUUCUUGACUUUACUGAUAAUGAGUGAUGAAGCUAAAAUAAUUUUUUCUAAACUGAUUUAAUUAUAAAAGCUUUUUUUUUGAUGAAGGUCAUGCUAGAGGAAAGCCUGAAUUACCUGCUGUUCUUUCUAUGGCAAAUGUUUCCAAGUCAUUGUCCUGUGAAGUAGUGAUCAAAGUGUAUGCAGACAAAAAAUGCAGGAAGAAGUGUAGUAGAGGUGUGACAGGCAGUUACUUAAUAAAAUAUGUUGUUUUGCUAGACUCUGUGAUGUUUGUUGUAUUUAUUGGCUUUUUUAAAAUGGCUAUGUUUUGUGAUUUUUGUUUUUUCUCUUUCCAAAUAAAUGUUCACUUUUAACCUAAUCUUGUAUCCUUUAUCCUGAAGAGGGUGCCAAAAAUUGUGUAAGCUUCGGGCCCCACUAAAACAUGAAUCCAGUACUGAUGUAAUUAAAAGUUUUUCUUGGAAUAAUGUUCAGAAUAAACCCGAGAAGAAAAAUGAUCAAUAGUCUUAAGAUAAAUGUGAUGGUAUUUUAAAAAAUUGUCUUGCUGUAGUUUUUGUAGCUUUUUUUCUUUUAAAUUAGAGAAAACCUAGCUUUAUUUAAACUCUUAACCACUGGCAAAUUGAAAUGCUUUUAUUCAAGCAAGUGUGUUGGCAAAUAUUUUCAGAUAUGCCAGGAAGCAGACAUUUUAUUAUCACUCUCCCCAUUUUUAAAGGGAACUACUUAAUAUGCUGCACUUGGGAGCAAAACGAGAAAGUCAGUCAAGAAAAGGGAAAACUGCAGGGAAGAGUGGAACUACUCGGGAAAACAACGAAAGGUCAGAAUCGCAAAAUUUGUCUGCAUAGCGGUCAGUCCGAUUGGAGUAGGUGACAGAAGGUCUUGGGAGGGAGGUUUCUAGAGAAAAAUGGCGGUGGGGUGGUUGAAGUAAAUGAAACAUCUAAUGAAGUGUGAAAAACUUCAGAUUAUUAACCAAAAUAAUGCAACAAAUAAAAAGGGAGGGAAAUACAUACUCCAGGAAAAACCAAAAGGUUCAAGAAUGGCAAAGUAACCCUUUAUACUACUUGGCUCUGCAGUAGACAGUAUUUAAAUAUCUACAACAAUAUUAAAACCUACUAACUUUUAAAAGAAAAAAUUCAGUGCCAAAAUAUAUUAGACUUAAUCGUGUGCAUAAAACAGAAUGGAAAUGUUACCAGUUUGGGCAAAGUGAAGUCUAGGAUCAGAUGACAGAAA